CUGAGGGUGAAGUUCGGCGCCGGCGAGGCCGCCUUUCGGAACUCAUCCUCCGCAGAGUCCGAGCUGGACAUGGCAUCGCCCGGUUUUUCGUUGUCAUCCGCGGCCGAGAAUACCACCAUCACUCUGGGUAGUGGCAGCGUCCGUCGCUCCUGAAUGAACCUCCUUACCCGUGUAGUAGCGGCGGGCAGCGGGCUGAAGGACAGAGACUGGCGAUCCCUGCCACAGCCUUCAGAACCGUUGGAACCGUUGGAGCCAUUCUGCUGCAUGCGCGCGGCGAGCCAACAGUCGCCACACAAAUCAGGGGAUGAUAGCACAAGCCACAGCGCGCGACUGUUAAAAAACAAUAACAAGGCAGGGGCAGAGGGUGGGGCGCGAGCAUAGGGCGCGAGGAGCAGCUGUAUGAACACACCCCGCUUUCAGAGCGAGAGCGGAAGUAAGGGAAUUCCGCCCGUAAAAUUAUAAACACUUAAAAAAAUCAGCCCAGGUGGCUGAUGCGGACAGGUCUAUAUAACUGCAGAGGCAGAUUUGGAUGUUACCUCUCAGGACUUUCGUGCUGUAUGUGAAACUCCUCGCCAUGGCAUCGAAGAAGGCGAAGAAGAAGACAGCCGAGUCUGGCUCCAAUGUGUUCAGCAUGUUUGAACAGUCACAGAUUCAGGAGUUCAAAGAGGCCUUCACCAUCAUGGACCAGAACAGAGAUGGUUUCAUUGACAAGGGGGACUUGAGAGACACAUAUGCUGCUCUGGGUCGUCUCAAUGUUGGCAAUGAUGAGCUGGAUGAGAUGAUGAAGGAGGCCUCUGGCCCUAUCAACUUUACCAUCUUCCUAGCUAUGUUUGGCGAAAAGCUCAAAGGUACUGACCCGGAGGAAACCAUUCUCAACGCAUUCAAGAUCUUUGACCCUGAAGGAAAAGGUGUCCUAAGAGGAGAGGACAUCAAGUACCACCUUAUGUCUCAAGCAGACAAGUUCAACGAGGAUGAGGUAAACCAGAUGUUCACAAACUUUCCCCUGGAUGUUUCUGGAAACUUGGAUUACAAGAACCUGUGUUAUGUUAUUACCCAUGGAGAAGACAAGGAGCAGGAGUGAAACAAUCAAUAACAUCCCUCAGAUCACCGGCUAAACAUGUCAUCUGAGACACUUCUAACUGACAACAUCACAUGUUGUCUUGUGUCACCCACAGCUUUAACAAUAAAAGUUUAAUGAAA